UUCCCCUCCCAUUCCUUUAACUCCCGCGCGGUGCUUGUCGGGACGGGAAAGAGGCGGAGAGCGCCUUUCCGGUACGAGCGAGCUGGCGGGAGGGCGCGUGUGAGGCAGCGCGUGGCGGAGGCAAGAUGGCGGACGGGCCAGGCUCUCUUUCUAAGAAACACAAGAAGAAAAAAGAAAGGAAGUCUUUGCCAGAUGAAGAUGUUGCUGAUAUACAACACUCAGAAGAAUUCCUUAUCAAACCUGAAUCCCGAGUGCCUCAGCUGGACACGUCACAAUGGCCUUUGCUUCUCAAGAACUUCGACAAGCUGAAUGUGAGGACGGCACACUACACACCCCUUCCUUCUGGUUGUAAUCCUUUAAAAAGAGAUAUUGCUGAGUAUGUAAGGACGGGCUUCAUCAAUCUGGAUAAACCCUCCAACCCUUCUUCCCAUGAGGUGGUGGCCUGGAUCCGCCGCAUCCUCCGAGUAGAGAAGACAGGACAUAGCGGUACCCUGGACCCCAAAGUGACAGGCUGUCUGAUUGUGUGCAUCGAGCGAGCAACGCGCUUGGUGAAAUCCCAGCAAGGCGCAGGCAAAGAGUAUGUGGGAAUCGUCCGGCUGCACAAUGCAAUUGAGAGUGAGGUUCAGCUUUCAAGGGCAAUAGAAACACUGACAGGGGCCCUCUUCCAGCGGCCCCCCCUCAUCGCUGCAGUGAAGAGGCAGCUGAGAGUCCGAACCAUCUAUGAGAGUAAAUUGAUAGAAUAUGAUCCUGAAAGAAGAUUGGGUAUCUUCUGGGUGAGCUGUGAAGCUGGCACUUACAUUCGAACACUGUGUGUCCACCUGGGCUUAUUGCUGGGUGUUGGAGGACAGAUGCAGGAGCUUCGGCGAGUCCGUUCUGGGGUCCUGGGAGAAAAGGACCAUUUGGUGACCAUGCAUGAUGUGCUGGAUGCUCAGUGGCAGUAUGACAACAACAAAGACGAAACGUACCUCAGGAGGGUGAUCUUCCCCUUGGAGAAGCUGCUGAUAUCCCACAAGCGGCUGGUUAUGAAGGACAGUGCAGUGAACGCUAUUUGCUACGGCGCCAAGAUCAUGCUCCCUGGCCUGUUGCGAUAUGAAGAUGGCAUUGAGGUCAACCAGGAGAUCGUUGUCAUCACCACAAAAGGAGAGGCCAUCUGCACAGCCGUUGCCCUCAUGACUACCGCGGUGAUCUCCACUUGUGACCACGGUCUUGUGGCGAAGAUCAAACGUGUGAUCAUGGAAAGGGACACCUAUCCUCGGAAGUGGGGGCUUGGCCCAAAGGCAUCUCAGAAAAAGAUGAUGAUCAAGCAAGGCCUGCUGGACACACACGGCAAGCCGAACGACAAAACUCCACAAUCCUGGAAGAAGGACUAUGUCGACUACAGUAGGGAUGCCGCAAAGGAGGAAGUAAAACAAGACGUCCAAGCACAGCCAGAGAGGGCACCAAAGAGAAAGAGGGAGACGGAGAGUGACGGGGAACCUAGAGAGGAAGCCUCUUCUCCCCCAGCAUCUCCAGAGCCACAGGGAGAGAUCAAGAAGAAGAAGAAGAAAAAGAAAGAGAAGAAGAUGGUGGAAUCUGCCGAGAGUAGCAGUGAAGUGACUGAAAUGGUCAGCGACACAAGUGCAAAGAAGAAGAAGAAGAAAAAGAAAAAGAAACAAGAAGAAAUGGAGGAGAGUUCAGAGUAACCAGCUACAGCAGGCAGUCUGGAUCAUGCUGGGAAGGAGGAGUCCGAAAAGGAAGCUGCAGACUGGAUCAGCUUGCAGAGACUUGGCUGCCCAAACGUAUCAUGUACUUGGCAAAUCGCCUCCGUCCUGUUGUAAGGAUAGUUGGAGGAACUGGGCAGCAAAGCUACCCGGUGGACUGCGUUGUUUCCUGAGGAGGAAUGGCUAUGAGCUUGGGAGGCUCCUGUACGUGGGGAGGUGGAACAAAAGGAAACUCAACAGCACCUGUAGAGUGUCCCUGCUCUCUCCUCCCCUCCCUGCAUUUUCUUCUCUAAUACCUGCUGAAUGGCCUCGGUGGCUUCGCCUGUUAGUGGGGGCAAAGAGGAAGGAGGGGCUGUUGGAUGUACAAAUGAUCAGAGCUCCCAUUAUUUUUGAUGCUUUCCCGUUGAUCUCCUUUUGCUUGCCUUGACUCUCUAAUGAACAGAGUCCAAACAUUUCCCUCAGGGUACCUCCCUCCCCUUUGAUUGUUUUUAAAGCAAAUGACUCCUUUUGUUAGAAAGAACAUAAGCUUUGGUCAUGCUAUAGCUGUGGUCUUGUUUCCCUUAUCUAUUGUUUGCAAACUCCCCUUUUCUUUGGACCCAGGUAUCUUUUAUCAUUUUUAUUUGUCUGGUAUCCUCCUGUUCUUAUUGGGGCCAGCUGGAAAGGGAAUCUGAAGCUAUGAUGGAAAAAGUUUGCUCAUCAGCCAGUUCCGAUUCUAGAACAGAAGCAGGAAAAUACUUGAGGUCUCUUGCUGGCUAAAAGGGGUGGGGGGUGGGAUGCAAACUGCUUCCCCUUUGCCUGUCUUCUGAGCACUGCUGUCCCUGUCUGGGGCUAGGGUAAUUGGGCUCCUCUGCUUUCCUCCCUCCAUUGCUAGACAGAGUACCAAAGUUUGGUUUUAAAAGGAGGCACUGUUUUUUUAUAUUAAAAAUACAAACUUCUA